GUAGAGGGGGGAAUCAUGUUUGACUGUAUGGAUGUGCUAGCAGUAAGCCCUGGUCAAAUGCUGGAUUUCUACACUGCAAGUCCGUCUUCCUGCAUGCUCCAGGAGAAGGCUCUGAAAGCAUGCUUCAGUGGAUUGGCACAAACAGAGUGGCAGCACCGGCGCAGUGCUCAAUCAAUUGAAACUCAGAGCACCAGUUCUGAGGAACUUGUUCCCAGCCCGCCUUCCCCACUUCCUCCCCCUCGUGUUUACAAGCCCUGUUUUGUUUGUCAGGACAAAUCCUCUGGAUAUCACUAUGGUGUCAGUGCGUGUGAGGGAUGUAAGGGUUUUUUCCGCAGAAGCAUUCAGAAGAACAUGGUUUACACAUGUCACCGAGAUAAGAACUGUGUUAUUAAUAAAGUCACUAGGAACCGCUGCCAGUACUGCAGACUACAGAAGUGCUUUGAAGUGGGAAUGUCCAAAGAAUCUGUCAGAAAUGACAGGAACAAGAAGAAGAAGGAACCUUUGAAGCAGGAGCUUAUGGAGAACUAUGAAAUGACAGCUGAGUUGGAUGAUCUCACAGAGAAAAUCCGGAAAGCCCACCAGGAAACUUUCCCUUCACUCUGCCAGCUGGGUAAAUACACUACGAAUUCUAGUGCAGAUCAUAGAGUUCGACUGGACCUUGGGCUUUGGGACAAAUUCAGUGAACUUGCUACAAAGUGCAUUAUUAAAAUAGUGGAAUUUGCAAAACGGUUACCUGGUUUUACAAGUUUGACCAUUGCAGAUCAGAUCACACUACUUAAAGCCGCCUGCUUGGACAUCUUGAUCCUUAGAAUUUGCACAAGAUAUACCCCAGAACAAGACACUAUGACAUUUUCAGACGGCCUUACACUAAAUCGAACGCAGAUGCACAACGCUGGAUUUGGUCCUCUGACUGACCUUGUGUUCACGUUUGCCAAUCAGCUCCUGCCUUUAGAAAUGGACGACACAGAAACAGGCCUGCUUAGUGCCAUCUGCUUAAUCUGUGGAGAUCGUCAGGACCUUGAAGAACCAGCAAAAGUGGAUGAGCUACAGGAGCCGUUACUGGAGGCUCUCAAAAUAUACAUACGAAAGAGAAGACCCAACAAGCCUCAUAUGUUUCCAAAGAUCUUAAUGAAAAUCACAGAUCUACGUAGUAUCAGUGCAAAAGGUGCUGAACGUGUUAUUACACUGAAAAUGGAAAUCCCUGGAUCAAUGCCACCUCUUAUCCAAGAAAUGUUGGAGAACUCAGAGGGACAUGAACCACUGACACCAAGCUCAACUGGGACCACAGCAGAGCACAGCCCUAGCAUCUCCCCAAGCUCAGUGGAUAACAGCAGUGUCAGUCAAUCCCCACUAGUGCAAUAAGACAUUUUCCAGAUACAUUCCUAACACUUUAUGUACAGGGAUGACAUUCAACAAAAACAUUUUUACUGCUGCUUAGUUUCUGGACCUAACAAUAAACACACACUAAAAUCCAGCAAGGACCAAGAAAUGUUCAUAUGAAUCCAUAUAAUAUAUGUAUGUACACACGUGCAUACACAGACACCUUGUAGCUUAACUAGAAAAGACAACUUUUUGAAAUAUUAUUUCAUGUCAAGGAACUAGUUAAGCUUCAGUCAUUUCUUCUGAACAUCCAAUAUUGCAAGGGAUAAGAAAGCUCUCAAACUAGUGGUUAAAAUUAUGGUUACACUAUUUCGGACAACUUUGUACAUACAGCUAUAUGGGCCUGUACUUUCUGUACUGGAUGUUCAGUGCUUUUCUUUUUUCCCUUGUGUACACAAGCUGUUCAAGACAUCACGUCUAGAAGAUGGACUGACUUACAUGUCCCAGUGCAUAAGCUCUAAAAGCAGCAUUCUAAUUUUGCUAGGAUGUAAACUCAUCCUUGCUGUUUUUAUGCCCUCAGUUUGUAUUUCUUUCCCAGUAAAAAGAUACAAAGAAAUUCACUGCACUAGCAGAAGGAACUUCUGUAUAAGUGUAACUGCCAGAUCAGUUAUUUGGAUGUAAUUUGUUCAGCUGUUAAUGUCACUUUAAAUUUACUACUUGGUUGACUGCAUUUAAAAAUAAAUACUAAAUUUUUAUGUCAAUUAUAGCCUUCAAGGCAGAAACACUUUCCAGUGUUACAGGAUUUUUGUUGUUGUUGUUUACUUGUUCACAAACUUCAUGGAAUAAUGACCAGGCAUACUCACUACCUCUGAAUUGGUGACACUAGUGAAAAAUACCCUGGAGGUUCUAAGUGCAGCCCCCAAAUCUUCCUCCCUGGCACCAAGGGCCUGUCACUAGAUACCCAAAUACAGAGGAGAGAAUCUGCCUCUAUUGACUUCGUUAAUCACCAUAAAACAGAGUGAAAAAUGUGGUAGAGUGAUUACUUUUUUUCCCUAAAGUGUCAGUUUCUUAGGUUUCAUUUAAAAGCACUAGUGGAUUUUUUUUAUAUAUAUAUUCUAGCA